AUGGCGGCUACCGAACAUUCCGGUCCCAGCCUUAUGAGCCAAUACAAUAUCGUUUUACCGAAAAGGCAGGCAUUUGACUCUUCCGGCAAACCUAUACCUGCAUGCGAUCCCGAUCAAUGUGCUUGGGCGAUAAAGGGGGAGGAUAUCCCCGUCGAUCUAAGCUCCUUUUGGCAUCGCAGAGCAGUCAUUCGUGGAAUUCGUGAUUCACUUCAAUUUGCAACAAGCCCGGCAAUUAUUGAGCUAUGCUCCGGCGACGAUGAUCAGGCCCAUCGAUUUUCCCGCGCCCGCAAUGCUCGCCUGAUAAUGAGUGAUAUAAUCCCUGACAUGCAAAAUCCUGCCACCCAGCCGUACUGUAUAUGGUAUCCCGAGCUUGCAUCAGAAGAAACAUAUCGCGAAGUUGCCCGUCAGUAUCCGUCUUUGCGGUAUCAAGUAGGCCGAGCGUGUGCUGUAGCAUGCUAUACAGAUCUUUACAAAGAACUGGACCUUUUGCCUGAUGUUUCUAUUGCGGAAGAAUCCCGCGAAGCUGACAAAGAUGCCGCAAUCUACAAAAUUAUCAUGUCCGCCCCCCAACGAUAUGUUGUCAUGGAAGAUUUCUCUCGAACCGUUCAUCUUGAAACCCCACGAACACCUGCGUUUCUGAAUGGAGAUAUGAAGCCCCGAUGGGCUUUGGGGCAGCGAGUGAAGCCCCAAUGGGCUUUGGUAGGCCUGAAGGGGCAGCGAGUUGACCCUGGUAAAAAUUUACCAGAAACGACUGCUGAUGAUAUUGACAUCGAGGAAGAUGGAUUUAUCGGCUUACAAGAUAUCAGCUUGGAGGAUAUUAGCGAGGACUACGCGAAACUGGGCCCAGGCCAGUCCGAUCAAUUGUGGAUGCCUCUUCCGCCUGAUCUCCCAGUUCUCGAAAAGCGUCUCCAGACACAGAUGGCUGCGUGGGAGGGUAAUGUGGAUCGAUACAGUCGACUAAUGCACCCACGCAGGCUAAGAACCAAAAUUGAAUACAAUUGUAUUCUUCGUGGCAUUUAUCACAGUACAACCUUCGCCAGAUGGUGGGCCUAUCAGCUAGAAACAAACCCUGGACGGGCUAUUCUCCCAGGUAAACUGCUCAGCCAAGGCAAUAAACGGGAGUGCAGAGAGAUUCGCACUGCGAUUAAUGCCCGCAUGAUAAUGAACAAUGAUAUCUCUGGUAUCGACGAUGACUCGGACUGCCUCCCGUGGGUUAUAUGGCUGCCCGUGAAGCCCUCUGCGACAACUUUAGGUGAUCUGGUUCGAAAGUGUCCAUCUAUGGGACACCAAAUUGCGAUCACGUUUAUAAUGUGUGAUUACGAAGGAAUGUUCCGGAGUUUGAAGCCCCCCCUACACCAAAUCAUUGACUUUGAUCGCAUUGCACCAGGCUUACAGACUGAUCUGGAGCCUAGAGAUUCUGUCACCGGUCACACUGUCAGCUACUAUGACAUGGAACUCGGGUAUGGGCAAUAUCCCGGUGCAAAUGAAUUCGAAGAAACUCCAGGUACAUAUGGAGGCGGGCUAGCGAGUGCGGGAAUGGUGGAGACAUACAUGUGGCUCUCAACUGAAAUGGCACAGAGGUUAAAAGAUGAACUUGGGGUGCUGCUCUGGCCAGGUGCGGAUAUUGGUCUUUUGGAUGGCGAUAGUGAACUUUAUUCCUGGUCUUCACGUUGUAUACAGCCCAUGGAUUCCAAGGUUGGUAAUAUGUAG